UAAAUGUUGAUGAUCAAAGAUCAGUGGCAAAUGUUGAUGAUCAAAGAUCAGUGGCAAAUGUUGAUGAUCAAAGAUCGGUGGCUAAGGAGGUGCUAAGUCGUUGGUUAAGUCAUCAACAAUAA